UUUCCGACUUUAUAUUCAAUGGUCAUAUCAAGCUCAUCACUGUGUACUUUUGUACAUCGAUGCUUUGACAACAUUUACAAAACGUUCAUGUUGAGUUCAAUGAAUUGAGACACAGACAGAGUAAGGGUUAUUUCAUUCAAAUAAAAGUAAAACAAUAACAAUAGUAAAAUGUCACAAAGACAUAGAAAUAAAGGAUUCAGUUUCACGACACGUCUUCAUUUAGCUAUUAUACUAUUCCAGUUGAGAGGGCUAUAUUAUCACAUUUCUUCCCAAAUAGUUAUUAAAAGGACACUGAGCUGUAAAAGACUGAGCGAUGCACGGUGCACAUUCUACAGACCACGACAGGUUUAAGUGACUCAGUCUGACAGACAUAUGAUGUCAACAAAAGAUAGGUGGGAUUUGAAAGCUGCAUUGAACCUUUUCAGAGGCACUUCAAGACGCCCAACUCCAUUUACAACCAGAACCUCCAGACUCCAGAGGGUAAACAGCUGGGGGAGCGUUUCUCUUCCUGUAAGUACCACCAUAUAUUAUCUUUUCUUGUAUGUUUAGCUCAGUUCCUUUGCUCUGCGGUUCCUUUGCUCACCCUUUUAAUUUUCCUUUCCCUUUUGAUUCAUGACUUCCAUGCUUUUCUCACAAUGUCAGGUAAGAUGGCAUUUGAAAACAGCACCCCGGACCCUGCGAACCACAGCAGCUGCAACGUGUUCGUCUACCAGAGGUCUGCCGUGGUGCUCUUCCCCAUUUUCUACUCGGUGGUGUUCAUCAUCAGUGCGUGUGGAAACAGCUUGGUCCUCUACGUGAUCUGCCAGAGGAAGCAGAAGUUCAACUCCACCUCGGUGUAUCUGGUCAACCUGGCGCUGUCCGACUCCCUGUUCACGCUGGCACUGCCUGCACGAAUCGUGUAUUACAUCCGCCACUUUGACUGGCCCUUUGGGGACCUUCUGUGCAGACUGACCACGCUCCUCUUCUACGCAAAUACCUACGCAGGUAAUGCUGGUGGCUUCUGCCUCCUCACGUUCCGACUUUCCACGUUGGACGUUGUGUGCUUAGAGACCUCAAUGUUUCUACAUCUUCUACAAAGUCAGCUCAGGCACUGUUCAACUUUCAUGAUCUCUGGUUAUUAUCUGUGGAACUGUGUAUUUGGAUUGGCGGUCACAUCCCUCUUAUCUCUACCAGGUAUUGGCUUCAUGACCUGCAUCAGUCUGGAUCGAUACCUGGCCGUGGUGCAUCCACACCGGCUGCAGUGUUUGCGGAGCGCGAGGGUGGUCCGCGGGGUCUCCUACGUGGUCUGGGCUCUGGUCUCCCUGGAGGUAGCCCCCCUGCUGUUCCACAGCAUGCUGCGCGAGGACCAGGGAAGGCGAACCUGCAUGGAGUACUUGAACCUCGAGGGCUCCCGCUUGACGCCGUACCUCCUGCUGCUGGCCUGCGCCGCCUCCUUCUGCUGUCCGCUCGCCGUCAUCGGCGGCUGCUACGCCAAGAUCAACCUGAAGCUGCGGGCCGCAGCCGAGCCCGGCUCGCUGACCGCCGCAUCCAGGAGGAACCGCAGGGUCAACGCCAUUAUUCUCCUCAUUCUCCUGACUUUCACCGUGUGCUUCGGCCCUUACCACCUCAACGUCAUGCAGUUCAUGUCCAGGAAGAUACACCACCAGGUGACGUGCGAGGAACUGAGGGCCUUCAAGGUGUCCUUACAGAUCACAGUUUCGCUCAUGAACUUCAACUGCUGCCUGGACCCAGUCAUCUACUUCUUUGCCAUCAAGACGUACAAGAAGAGGGUGCUGAGGCUGUUAAAGGACUGUCUGUAUACUUCCGCCGCCUCCUCCAAAAUCACAGCUGACAACAGCAGCAGCAACACUUGAGGGGGAAGCAGGGCUCGGCUCUGC